GCUGUGAUACUAUCUGGUCUAGGAUGGUUCUGGCUCCCUGGGGCCAGAUCCUGCUCUGUAGCUCCCACAGGAGCAACCAUCACAGACCAAAGGCCAGCGGGGGCCCCAACACUCAAGGACUGUUUCUCCCACCGCCAUCUGUGGAUUUUUCCAGCUGUUUUCCUUGGCCCAAGGAUCACACCCAUAGGGAUGCAGAUGGGGGAAGGGGAAGCUGAGAAAACAGUGAAGUCAGAAUGAGCUGGGGAAGAGGCAGAUGGUAGGAAAUGGAGACGGAGAAAUGGCACUAGUGGCGCGACCAUCUGAGAUGGGAUACCUGGGAGGGACAUCUUUUCAAGCAGAGGCUGUGUUAGGGCCUGGUGAGAGAGGGUCUUAGCAGGUAACCUUCCUUUCCUCUCCAGACUGAGGAAUCAGAGUUCUGAUUGUGGAGUGCCUCUCUAGGACCGGGCUGCAGCCUGGGAGUCCCAGCUGCUUACAUCCAGGUCCAGGAUUAUGUCUGCUAACAGACGCUGGUGGGUACCACCUGACGACGAAGACAGUGUGUCUGAGAAGCUCCUGAGGAAGACUCGGGAAUCUCCGCUGAUGCCUAUAGGCUUAGGAGGCUGCUUGGUGGUAGCAGCAUACAGGAUUUACCGGCUGAGGUCUCGUGGUUCCACCAAGAUGUCCAUACACCUGAUUCACACCCGAGUGGCAGCGCAGGCCUGUGCAGUGGGUGCAAUCAUGCUAGGUGCUGUGUACACAAUGUACAGUGAUUACAUCAAGAGGAUGGCACAGGAUGCUGGAGAGAAGUAGGACUCCUACAGGAGCCGGGGCCGUCUGACUCCCCUAAAUUAAUCCCUAGUACAUUCCUAAUAAAGUAGCUUUGAGGAAAA